CGAAGGCAUUUCGGUAUCACCGUCGUCGUCUACUUCCCGAAGCAAAGCAGUCGCAGCUCCACUCUCGCUCUCAAAUCCUCCUCCUCCUCCUCCUCCUCUCCGCCGCUCUUCAAAUCUCGCGGUUUUCCUCGGCUCGCCGGUUCGGACGCCGGAGGAGGAGGAGGAGGAGGAGAUCCUCGGGGCUCCGAUUUUUCCCCCCGUCGGGGUUUUCCUGGUUUCCGCCGGACGAAGUGAUGUCGCAGCCCGGGAAAUUGACGCCGAAUCUGGACCAGAACAGCACCAAGGUGCUCAACCUCACCGUCCUGCAGCGAUUCGAUCCGAGCAUCGAGGAGAUUCUGAUCACCUCCACUCACGUCACCCUCUACGAAUUCAACAUCGAUAGCAACCAAUGGAGUCGCAAGGAUGUCGAAGGAUCUUUGUUUGUCGUUAAGAGGAACACUCAGCCGCGGUUUCAGUUCAUUGUGCUGAAUAGGCGAAGCUCAGAUAAUUUGGUAGAGAAUCUGCUUGGAGAUUUUGAGUAUGAAGUUCAGGUUCCAUACUUGUUGUAUCGUAACGCUGCGCAAGAAGUUAAUGGCAUUUGGUUCUACAAUCCACGUGAAUGUGAGGAUGUUGCAAAUCUCUUUACUAGGAUACUCAGCGCGUAUUCAAAGGUGCCCUCAAAACCAAAGCCUUCAACCAAAAGUGAAUUUGAGGAACUUGAAGGAGUUUCGAGCAUGUCUGUCAUGGAAACGCUACUAGAGCCGUCCCCAACUGCUCCUGCGAUUGAUUCUCCUGAAGAUUCAACAGCAUUUAUGAACUUCUUCAAUAUGGCUAUGAAUAUUGGAAAGCAUGCUGACCCAGCGAAGUCUAUGCAGCACAAUCAUUCUGCUGCAACUGUGCCUUUAUCUCCCCUUGUACCCUCUGUUGCUUCAUCUCCUGCACCAAAUCCUGACAUGCUAAAUCUCUCUCUUUCAUCUUCCUAUUAUCCGAUACCUCGGAAUGAUUCCUCUGAUCUUACCAGUAGCAGCGACCGAAUUAGCCGUCUAAUCAAGCCUUCUUCCUUUUUACCACCCCCGUCUUCCUCAUCUGCACUGUUGAUGCCUCCAAUCGCUUCUUCAAAUCCUACCGCUGCUUCCCUUCGUCCUCCCCUGAAUUUGCAACACCCACAUGGAACUCCACUGCUUAAUCCAUUUCCUCCUCCCACUCCAUCAGCAUCUCUGACUCCUAUUCCUACUCCUCUGGCUGACAGACCCUUAAUCAACAGAGAGAGAGUUCGUGAUGCACUUAUUAUGCUUGUUCAGCUGUUCUCUAUAGCUCACAUUCACCUGUAAAACUAUAGCGCCUUUUCUGGGGUCAUGCCAACCCUUUGAAAAGUCAAUGUAAAAUUGAGAAAAAUAGGUAGUGCAGCUUGUUGGUGACAACUGCCAACACAGAAUGUUGCUGGAGACAUAAAUUGACCUCUCUUCUUCGGUGUUGUGAUUACUUUAUUGGAUCAGAUUCUAUAGAUGACAUUCCUCAGGGUAGUUUUUGCACAAGCAAUUGCCCAUUCCUGGUAUGAUAUCAUCAUACACUGUUAUACGUGCCUUCGACAGCCUCAUCUUUCUGCAUCGUUGAAUAAGUCUGAAAUUGUGUAGCUACUUAAAUUGCUAAGCCCAUCCGCAUGUCUGAAGCAAAGAUUGAAAAAUGUGGUAUCGUAGUUAUGUUCCUUUUUCCACGUCUACAUCACUAGAAAGUGUUCGAGCUAUUUCGUGUCUGUGCCCCAGUUAAAAACUUGUUGAUUUGUUUCUAUUCCAGGAUGAUCAGUUUGUUGACAUGUUCUACCAGACAUUGCUCAAGGUACACUUCAAGUGAGUAA